AUGGUUGGUAAUUCGGCAAAGCUUCCUUCAAAAUUCGGCUAUUUUACCAAUGAGUAUCUGAAGGGUCAUCUUGAACAACAAAUGUCUGGUCAAAAUCUCAAUGCAUUAACGCUCCAAACGUCAGGUUUCGAUCACAAAGACUCGUUUCGAUGGCUAUGUGAAAAAGCCGGAGAAGUAACAACCGAGGAUGUUUGGUAUCACGACGGACUACUUGCAAACGUCAGAACGUAUUCUUCAGAAAAUCAAUUACCCGUCACCGAGCAAACCUACCGCAUUCAAAUGGCAAAAGGCGAUGACCAAGGAUUAAAACCACUGUGUAAAAGUGGUGGAGCAGCCCUCUUGGAGAAAAUUCUUCUCUAUGCUGGGGGUAACGAAAGUUUCAGCAAUCCACUAUGA